AUGUAAAAAGCAAAUAUCAUUUUUUUCUAUGGACCUCCAGCGACUGCAAAAUCUUAUGUAGCCUAAUAAGUUGCAAAAUAAACAGGAUAUGUUUAUUUCAACUUAGAUGAGUUCUAUGUGAAAGUAAAAGCAUAAACAGAAGUUGAUAAAUUGAACAAAUUGAUGUAAGUAUUCUAGGCUGAGCCAAAAAACUAUGUUGUCGAUGGAUUUCUAGAUAAAAAGGCUUAAGCAGUUGUAUUCUUUGAGCAUUAUCAAAAACCUCGAUACAUAGUAUAUUUCUAAUCAAGUAAAGAUGAAGUUGAAUAAAAUAUCAGGUUAUUAAGUAAAGAGGAUUAAAAAAAAUGUCGUUUUUAGAGAUUUACUAGCUUCCUCUAAAAUCGUGAUGAAAUGCUAUCAUAUUUAAAAAAGUUUCAAUUCUAUGUAACUGUCGAUGCAGUAUAAAAAGGAUUAUCAAAUAAUUUUUAAUAAUCAUCAGAUUUAAUUAUUUAAUCAAUAAUGAGUUUUUUAAAGCCUACUGUGUUGGUUGCUUUAACAUAUAAUAAUGAAGAUUUGGCAGAAGUAUAUUUGAAUAAAUUAGAGACAGAAUUAGGAUAUAAGCAUUUGCAUUUAGAAACUUUAUGUGAAGAAGAGUUAGCAAAAGGUACUCCAUAAGGAAAAUAAAUGGGGGCAUUUUUGAAUUCUGGUUAGGUUGUCCCACCAUAAAUGUAAAUAGAAUUACUGAGGAAAUAUUUAUAUAAUGAUCCUCAAUAAAAUAAAUUUAUAUUGACAAGUUUUCCUGAAAAAUAUUAAGAGUUUCGAACAUUUGAAGAUAAAUUAUUUCCAAUAACAGGAUUAAUUAAUUUUUUGAAAGAAGGAAAAACAGUUUCUUUUUCAGCUAAAAUAAAUCCAGUUUUACAUUAUUCAGCUGAAGGCAAAAACUUAAUAAUUUAGAACGAAGAUUUGGGACCAUUUUAAUCUUAUUUAACAAAAAGAGUAAAAUAUGGAAUUGUAAUUGGCCCUGUAAUGACAGGUAAGACAACAUUUGCUAANUACAACAAUUAGCUUAACAUUUUUGGAACAAUUUAAUAGUUUAUAGAAUGUUAUAAGCUAUAAAUCUAAGAGUAUAGUUUUUUUUGA